AUGCGGGCACUCAUCCGCCUCCCCGUCGAGGCCGGGUCCGGGAUCCCGCCAAAAGCAACGACCUCUUCCCUAGUAACCCCUCGCGCUGAAACCCGCGAAGGGUCAACCAAGGAUACUGGAGGAGGCGAUUGCGGGCUCCCAUGCCCCUCGGACAAGUGCCCCAAGCCGAGACCCAUAGCAACGGGUACGCUGGGAGGAGGCUCAGACCUCCUGACCGCCGGCGAGGAAGGAGGAGUCAGGGCCGCCUGCCCCAUACCCCCCUCCCCCAACGCCACCAAAGGCGCGGGCGCCGCCACAGGCGAAGGAGAUGCGGUCCUCCUGACCGCCGGCGAGGAAAGAGGAGUCAGGGCCGCCUGCCCCAGAUCCCCCUCCCCCGACGCCACAGAAGGCGCGGGCGCCGCCGCCACGCCCGAAGGAGAGAGAGCCGAGGCCGCCUGCCUCGGACCUCCUCUCCCAGCACCUGCCGGUCCCGUCAUGACCAGCGAUGCCGAUGUCGGGAAAGUGAAGGGGGAAGUGGGAGUCAGAGCCGCCUGCCCCAAGCCCCCCUCCCCCAACGCCACAGAAGGCACGGCCGCCGCCGCCAUGCCCGAAGGAGAGAGAGCCGAGGCCGCCUGCCUCGGGCCUCCUCUCCCAGCACCUGCCGGUCCCGUCAUGACCAGCGAUGCCGAUGACGGGAUAGUGAAGGGGGAAGUGGGAGCCACCUGCCCCGACCCCCCUCCCCCACGCCCCACCUCAGCCGCAGCCGUUAUAGCCGGAACGUCGGCCUCCGGUGGAGCAACCACCGACUCCCCGUCCCCGGAACCAACCAAAGUCCUCACCGACGAUGUUCGCACGGAGCAUCCAGCCAGUGCCCCACCGGCAUCCUCAAACUCCAACAAAGGUAGUGACUGCUCAAACUCAUCAUCAGAAUCUACCCGGUCACUCCAAAGUCUGGGAGGGGCAGAGGCUGGCUCAAAGGACCCGAACCGCAACGAGGUCAUAGGCACCGAUGGUGAAGGUGCCGUCUCAACCCCGGUCCCAUCCCCGGUCUGA